AUGCAUAGCCCUGUACCCAGUUCCCCGUCUAGUGCACUGCCCAGCGGUCAAGAUCCUGCUCCUCGAGAGAGCGUUUUGGUCUGUGAGCAGACAGUUCAACGGACACAGCUCUCGUCACGCACGAAACAAACUUUUCCAUGCCUACUUGACGGUUGCAAGCAUGUGUGUUCUUCGGCAGGCGAUCUCGUGAGGCACCAGCAAUCUCUCCGCCACCGUCCACCACAGUUCUUCUGUUCGGGUUGCGAGUAUGGGUUCACUCGCCCGGAUGCUCUGAAAAGACACCUCAACAACAAACCGAGGUGUAAGGCAAUACACAAGGCGGUGACCACCGCCAGGUUAGGGGGAAUUGGCGAUGCUGAGAGAAGCUUGCCUACGUCAUAG